AUGAGAUCAGUCUCCAGACUAUACGCCACCAUCUCCUCUGGCAAAGACUUGAAGGGAAAAGGACCACUGUUGACACUCGAGCAUUCCUCGACAAGAUCAGAACUCAGAACCUUCGCUCGAGGCGAGUUCGAGCGAAACAAGUUCGUCCAUGAUCUGGGUCAUAUCCGCUACCUUAUCUCGACUGGCAAGACGCAAUUCGAUAGCAUGCAGCGGUAUAUUGAGCAGAAUGCUUUGUAG